GUCCUUGUUUACUACCGGGAAUUUAAAAUGGUCGAAGAUGCCAAAUUUCUGAAAAGGUAUGUUAGUAGUAUUGACGAAACUGCCAAAGAAAAAUACGCGCUGGUUCUAUAGAUGUGCAUCCAACUGAAAAGGCACUUGUUGUGCACUAUGAAACGGAGGCUACAAUCCUUGGGGAAUUAGGAAAUCCAAUGGUUGGGGAUCGAAAGGAAAGUCAAAAAAUAAUUCGGGUUAGAAAUCUGAAUGAAAACACAAAUAUCCCUGAGCUGGCCAAAAAGAUCAUCUCAAGCUGCAAAUUGAUAUCGGAAAACAAAUAUCCACAAGUUGAACACUUGCUAAAGUAUUUGCUGAAAAGAAAAGAGACAAAGAAAGUUAAAAAUCAAAAACCAUCAAUCAUAUCAGAAACACUUGCUGAUCCCGGAGCGUUCGAUUCAACUGAAAUAAAUGAAAUUGCUCAUUUGACUGAACUUGAGGAUUAUUUAGAACUACUCUAUGAAGGUAUACCAGAAAAGCUACGUGCAUCGGCUUUGAUUUUACAACUUGCGAGAAAUUCCGACAAUUUAGAGGAGCUGUUUCAAAAUGAAACCCUUGUUGGUGCUUUGGCAAGAGUUCUGCGUGAAGACUGGAAAAAGAGCACAGAUUUAGCAACAAACAUAGCCUAUAUAUUCUUCUGUUUUUCUUCCUUCUCAAAUUUCCACGGGGUAAUAUUGCACUUCAAAAUUGGUGCAUUAAUUAUGACCAUCAUUGACCAUGAAUUAAAGAAAUAUGACUUAUGGGUUGAAGAACUAGAAAGAAAACACAAAUUAUCGAACAAUAAAUCUGAGACGAGUUUGACAACAGAUGGUAAAUCUUUGGUGGAUGAAGCACAAAAUAAUUAUGAGACAAGCUUUUUGAAGUAUAAAUCACUAGUCAGGAAACAAGAACAGUUGUUUAGGGUUUCCUUUUACUUACUACUGAAUAUCAGUGAAGACAUUAAUGUUGAAAUUAAAAUGCACAAUAAAGGAAUAGUUAGUAUGAUUUGUAAAUGUUUGAACCGAGAUAAUUUCGAGCUGUUAAUACUACUUGUCUCAUUUUUGAAAAAAUUGAGUAUAUUCUCUGAGAACAAGGAUGAAAUGUUAAAAAAUGGUAUAAUUGACAGAUUAUCCAAAAUAUUAUGUAGACCAGAAGAGGAUCUCGUUAACUUGUGUUUACGUUUGUUAUAUAACCUUAGUUUCGAUACAUCUGCUAGACUAGAAAUGGUGUCCAAAGGUGUUUUAAAUAAAAUUGUAGGAUUAUUAGAAAAUACUCAACAUCAACCAGUGGCUUUGUACAUACUAUACCAUUUAACAACAGAAGCUCAAUCCAGACCGGCGUUUGUCAAUACACAUUGUUUAUCAUUUCUUAAGAAAUUAAUACUAGAAAAUCCUGAAGAGAAAUCUGAUUUAAUCCCAAUGGCUCUAGGUAUUAACUUGGUAUUAGAUAAUCAAUGUGCAAAUGCUAUGCUUGGUGAAGGUCGAUGUUUUAAACUGAUGAGUAAGCGUGCAAUAAAAUUCCGUGAUCAAUUAAUCAUGAAGUUACUACGUAAUGCAACACAGAACAAUGAUUUAUUAAAACUAAAGAUGGUAGAUUUUCUGCCAGAACUAUUAAAAAUCGUGACUGAAGAAAAACCCUUUUUGAUGAAUACACCAAGAAAUCUUUAUUCUUCUACAAAAGCAACUCGAUAUGAUAAAUUGAAGGUAAGUAGUAAAAAGCAGUUGAACACUGAGGCACUGAACUCCAAAACCAACCAGAAUAACACUUCAAGUUUAUUAGAAAACCGCUUAAAAAUGAAAAUUCACAAAACUGACGACGUUAUUAAUGGUGUUUGUAAUGAAGAUGAUGAUAACGACAACGAAAAAGAUGAUGAUGAUGACGAAAAUGAAUUUAGGAAAAAAGAAGACUUCAAGUUUGAAUGUUUAGGAUGUUUAGCUAACCUCAAUCUUAAAGAUAUUCAGUACAGUAAGGUAAUCACUGAAUUCAGUUUGCUGAAAUGGAUCAAAAGCCAACUGGAGAGCGUACAUGUUCAGAAAUCAAAUGAUUUUUUAAGUACAACUUUCGAAGUUAACAACGGUUUCGGACCAAUUUUUUCAUCACCAAUGCUUCCCAAUCACUUAGAAGAUGAUGAAAUUUUAGAAAUUGUACGAAUGCUUAGUGCCAUAUGCCAAGAUCCUGAUGCAGGUAAAAUGGUGAUUGAAGCUGGAGUCGUACACAACUUGAUCGGUUUAUUGAACGUUAAACAGGAGGAUGACGAAAUUGUUUUUCAAAUCGUCUAUACAUUUUUUCAGUUAACUUUUCAUGAAUCAACAAGAAAUUUGUUAGUAAAAACGACACAAGCCGUUGCUUAUCUUGUUGAUUUGAUGCAUGAUAAAAAUGCUGAUAUUCGAAAACUUUGUGAUAUUACCUUGGAUAUUGUUUGUGAAUAUGAAUCUGAUUGGAGAAUAAGGAUUCAAACAGAACGUUUUCGUUGGCAUAACAGCCAAUGGUUAGAAAUGAUUGAUACAGCAACCAAACCUAGUCUUCUUGAUAAUUCAGACUCAACAACUGAGGCAGCAUUAGCAGCUGUCCUUGGUGUCGGUCAUGCUCGAUCUCAAUAUCAUUCCAAUUUAUUAACUGAUGAUGAUUUAAAUAAUAUUGUUAAUGGAGACGAUAACGAUAAUCGUGGUUACUUUGGAAUGGGAUUGGACAUUGAUGAUGCAGCAGCAUUUCUAAUGUCACUAUCAUCAAAUAAUGAGGGACGUAAGCGAUCAUCAGGAAGUGAAAAUAUUUUACACAUACCAUUUGAAAACAAUAACUAUAUGAACCACUUGAACAUGUUGUGUCCAGAAAUUUGCAUUUCUCAUUUCUGCGCCAAAAGAGCACAUUUCUACCUUGAGGUUGUAUUUCCCACUUGGAAGGACCUUAAAUGUCAUUGGUUCGUUUCAUCUUUAAAGAAGCUGUUUUGUGACGUUUCUCAAGGACAUUUUUACACAGUGUAUAUAUGCUUAAGUUGUAUACCUGUUCGCUCGUACUUUCAACUCCUUAUGGAAUGUACAUUUCCCUUGUCUAAAUCUGGUCUCCUUUUAGUUUGCAGGGCUCGGGCGCAGUGAAUAGUUUAGCUUACCUUGUUGUUCUGUUGCUGGUCCUUCUUUCCGUUCGUCGAUUUUAGGUGAUCUCGUAAUCUCCUCAAACGUAGCACUUCUUAAACCAAUUAACGUUCUUCUAAUUCCUUUUUUGAGAAAGAUAUGUACGGUGGUGUAAACUUUUUAUCUAAUGAAAGAGUGAGUCCGGGAAUGACGGUUAACAGUCACUAUGACUCAGAUUCAGAUACUACUCAAAAAGAGAGUGGUUCACGUAAUACAGAUUAUGAAAAUGAUAUACAAGAGGAUAAGAUACCUAGUUCAGGAUUAGAAUAUUUUAAUGCCCGAAACAAUAUCAUUAAUAAGGUGAAAAAGUAAUCGACGAGGGAAAAACAUUUUGUAUACCAAACAAAAGUGAUUUUCGAUUGGUGUUUCUGAUAUCUAGAAUGAGAAUGCUUGGAUUCAAAUAUACAUUAGAAAGAAAAGGAUAAAUAUUUUAAAACUACUCAUCUGCUAGUUUCUUGUACAUAUUUAUAAUGAACUACUGCUCAGUGUGUAUAAUAUCGUCAUAUGAUGUUCUGCUAAAUUAUUAAAAUAAAUAUAAUGAAAUCUUGUUCA